CACCUCGCAGCCAAAAAUCCAUCUUUCUCUGCGCCGGAGGCAUGUAUGCAUGCGACAGUGCAACGGAGCCGAAGGUGCUUGCCUGCUUGCCUACCGGCUUGAACAGUGCCAGAGUGCUGGCUGGUCCCGAUCCAACUUCGGGAGCGGAGUCAGUGUGUUCCUAGAGGCUGCUGACUGAGACAGCGGGGUUGGGCAGCUGACCGAGGUGCGUCGCUGUAAACAACUGCGAGGGUACAAUGACGCACCUGAAUUUACACUUGCGCGACUUUUGGACGAUCGACUAGACAUCUUUGGAGUCAGUGUUCCGUGACGGACUGCAUUGACAUUUAGGCUACCCAUGCUGCUUUUUGCGCCGUAGACUGAGUAGCAUUAUAUGCUGUUUUAUGCUGAGGGGUUUUCCAACUAUGCCUUUUUCCUUGUAAUACACUAUGACGUCUUAUCUUAUUCACUAUUGAAGUGAGUAGCCAAUUUCAUUCAUUACUGCCACACACACCUCUAUUCUAUUUCAUUUUCAGGUGAGUCACAUUGGAAUUAACAAUCACUGCUGUCAACUUGGAUAGUUGCCUGCCUGUCCGUCCCAAUGAGAUUUCAGUACUUUGGCAGUGAAAAAUGCUGUGUCUGUCUACAGAAAGCUGGACUGAGGUGCAGGUGGGCUGUCGUAUGAAAUAGGAGAAGGACUUGGCGGACACACACCCCCAAUUCAGUUGUUACACACACACACUGUCGCUCGGAGUGGCGAGACGCAGAUGCGCACUCCACAGACACCCAACUCGGCACUCAACUUUUGCUCUGUGCGUGGAUCUAUUAAACAUAUAUUUUCUCUUCAAUGAGCUUGUGAACAAACGGAGGAUAGAUGUUAUUUUGCGGGCUAAUAUAUUUUUUCUAAAAAGCCGCAAAGGACCAGGGUUGGAAUAAGGAUGCCCGAUUGUCUUUGAGACACCUGCGUUGAUUAAUUAGCCUCGCUUGGUGAUUUCUCAAAUAUGGAUUAUGUGCGUAAUGUGGCUCAAAUAGCAGAGAAUGGAUAUUGUUUGUCGGUAAGGAUUUGAUAUUGAAUCGCCCAGUAGUGCAUUGAGGAGAGGGGCAGCCGCAGCCCGACGAUGCCGGACGCGUCUCGGGACGUGCCGGUGCAUUCCUCUCCAGCAGUGGCGGCGAACGCGGAGGGAGACGAGAUAGAAGUGCUGGAGAGUAUCGAUGUUCUUCCCGUGGCCCCAGAGGACCAAUGGAAAUCUCUGUUCGACAAGUUCGACUCAGAGAGUUCAGGCUUCAUCAGUACAGAGCGGUUCAGAGAUCUGCUGGCGGCCCACGGCUCGGAGCUGGACCCUCACAAGCUGGAGGUUCUAUUGGCCCUCGCCGACGGCAACGCAGACGGAAAGAUCUGCUACCAGGACUUUGUCAACCUGAUGUCCAACAAGCGCAGCAACAGCUUCCGGCGGGCCAUCCUCCAGGGAAGUCGUCAGUUGAAGGGGGCCGGGGCCCUGGAGGAGGUGGGUCUGGGUCUGUCCCAGAGGCUGGUGAGGCACAUCGCCUACGAGACCCUGCCCCGGGAGAUCGACAGGAAGUGGUACUUUGACAGCUACACCUGCUGCCCACCACCCUGGCUCAUCUUGGCUAUCACCAUUGCUGAGGUGGCAGUGUUCAUGUACUAUGGCCUGCAGUUGGACCGCUGGGUGCUGCAGGUGUCCAGUCCCCACUUCCUAAGGGGCCCACUGCCAUACCACCCCCAGCUACGGAUUCAGGCCUGGAGAUACCUCAGCUACGCCUUCAUGCAUGCAGGGAUAGAACACCUGGGUCUGAAUAUGGCCAUGCAGCUGCUGGUAGGAGUCCCUCUUGAGAUGGUCCAUGGAGCGCUGAGGAUAGGACUGGUCUACGUGUGUGGUGUACUGGCAGGCUCCCUGGCCGUCUCUGUCACUGAUAUGACUGCUCCGGUGGUGGGGUCGUCAGGAGGAGUCUAUGCCCUGGUCUCAGCACACCUGGCCAAUGUCGUCAUGAACUGGUCGGGUAUGAAAUGUCAGUUUAAGCUGUUCCGGAUGGCCAUGGCUCUGGUCUGCAUGAGUGUGGAGUUCGGCCGUGCCGUAUGGCUGCGGUUCUACCCGCCGGCCUUCCCGCCCUGCCCCAACCCCAGCUUUGUGGCCCACCUGGGGGGUGUGAUGGUGGGGCUCACCCUGGGGGUUGUAGUCCUCCAGAACUACGAGCAGCGUCUCCAAGAGCAGUCUCUAUUCUGGAUCUUCUUCUCCGUCUACUUCCUCUUUGUCCUCUGUGCUGUCUUCUGGAACGUCUUCGCCUACAGCCUGCUGGACGUCCGACUCCCCCCCAUGCUUUGAGCUCUGAGAGGUGGCUACAUGAGCUGCACCCCCCCCCCCCCAGCCCCAUAGGCCUCCGAACAAGUCUGGUCUCAAUAGUGCAGGGCUGCAUGCUAAGCCAGUUGGGCUUUUCAGAGAAAACUGAGAGGGCCAACUGCGUACCUCAGAUCCGAUGGAACAUAACAAUCUAGGUCCAAGACUUCAGAAUUUGUAUCUUCAUUCUAGAGUACUGUACGGAACAGAGUAUGUCGGCAUCUCCUCUUAAACCCAAUGGUGCCUGUAACUGUAAGAAAGAGGUUCAUAUGACAGUUAGCUUCAAUAAAGGACAAUUUCAUAGGGUUGGAGAUUGUGAUGAUGUCUCCAAUCUGUCAUACUAUAGUACUGUUAUCUGAAAUGAAGCUAUGAAAUGUUCCACUGUUGACAUGUUACACUGUACUGAGUACAUCUGAUGUGACAUGGGUUUGUUCAAACUUCCUGAUUUUUGUCUGGUUACCUGACUGUUUAUACAUUCAACGAUGCUACGUGUACAUUGUUGCCUUUCACAAUGUGUCUGGCAACAUGAGAUGGGAACUCAAGCUAGAUAUUUUCAGGGCUUACGUUUUUGUUGUUGCCUUUGGUGUGUCUUGCUCUAAGUCUUAACUGUGUCAAGCACUCUUGUCACCUCAAAGCAGUGUGUGUAUGUGUGUGUGUGUGUGUGAGAGAGAGAGAGAAAGUUCUCACCUAUACAGUACUGGAGGAGUGGACAGUUUUGGAGGAGUGGACAGUAUUGGAGAAGAGGACCGGGUUAUCAUCCGGGUUACACUGAUUUACAUUAUUUUGUUAUGUGCAAAUGGAAAUGGGGGUUGAAACAAAGAUAGAAGUGCGGUUCAAACCCUCUGUGUUCCUGACCGUUGCCAAAACCCUCCCUUAACCAAUAGCAUACAAAAGACAGAGCACUACAGAGAACUGUUUUAUUAAUAGGGGAAUAUGUUGCCUUUUGGGAUGAGUACUGGUUGAGUUGAAUGUCAGCAUUCUCCCUCUGGCACAGACUUAUUGAUAGGUAUUCAAUAUUUAACUCUGUUACAGACUGUGGAAAUGGUGCUACAUGUAAAUAGGUCCCUCCCUCCAGAGUUAGCCUUCAGUUAGUACUGUACUGUCAAUACCCUUAUUAAGGAGAAAGCGAAGUCAUGUUGUAUUGGAUGCUGUGUUUGCUUCAACAGGAGAACACGUCGCAUCUCAACCAACCAAGGCUCAAAUUAGCCUGGUCCCAGAUCUGUUUGUGCUCUUACCAACUCCAUUGCUGUCAUUGUCAAGCCACAGAUGUUUGGCAUGACAAUGAGUGACAUGGAGUUGACAUGGCACCAGGAACAGACUGGCACCCAGUCUAGCUCAAGAGUGUACUUUAACUUAACCUCACGUUAUGCCGCUUCACACAAAAUAAAUAAUAAGACUGUAAGUAUUAACAAAUUAAUAUGUUAACAUACAAUAGCUGGUUGUUGAUUCUUGAAUUGGUCUACAUUGUGAUGUGUAAAAUAUCCUGUCUAUUUAACAUUUGUUGAUUGUAUAUAAUAAGGUCUAUGAUACGGAACAUAGUGGUAACUGACAAUAUUUUAACAUGUGCAUAUUUUGUAGAUUUGAUAUGUAAAUACUGUACUGGAAUACAUUAAACUGUUUUUAUAAUGAAA